UCGACCGGCGCAGCUCCCGAAUCCCGAGACCAACAUUAACUACGCCGUAAAUUGCUCACUGGGACUCGGGAUAUCGUUCAGUUGAGCCACGUGGGAGGCAGCAUUUAACCAAUAGACUAAACCUGCAAUCGAUCGGCUUGAAGGUUGGGUAAGCACUUGUAGCCUGGAUACCUAGCCAAUCAUCAACGCACGUUGCUCUCGACCAUGUCUCUUGCCAGCCUCCCUCAGCCCAAAAACUCGCCUUACUCCGCCGGACACCCAAUAAGUAUAAAGGUGUGUCGGCAUGCUGUUUGGGCCAUUUUUAGGUAUCGCCUUUGGCUCGACACACCAGCCGGGUUGCUCGUCAUUCCUCAGGAGGCACGCACCCAUCAAGCCCCAAAACGAUGGCUAAGCUCAAGUGGUUAACCUCCAUCCUCCUGGCCUCCUGCUGGGCGGGCGCGGCCCACUGCAAGAGCACCACCGGGCUAGCGGACCUCGCGCUGCGAAAGGUGCUCGCCGACGCCUCGCAGAUCUUCGGCAUCUACGAUUACGGCGCACGGUGCGGCGGGCGACCGCCCGCAUCGGAGUGGAUGGGGCGACACCCGGACUCGAUGCCGCUGGCCCAGCUGAACAUCCCCGGGGCGCACGACACGGCGACGUGGAACUUCAGCCGCGAGACCAGGGACUCGCUGGCCCCCGACGCCGGCGUGCGCGACCCGGCCUACUACCGCACCCAGACGCUCAGCCCCGCGGACGCCCUGGACGCCGGCCUGCGCUUCUUCGACCUGCGGUACGCGCUCGACCCCACCGGCACGACCCUCGUCUUCUGGCACCACGACGCGCUGCUGUCCGCUGUGGCCGGCGUCGAGGACGUCCUGUUCGCCUUCUACGCCUGGCUGGACGGGCAUCCGUCCGAGGCCGUGAUCCUGUCGUUCCAGUACGAAGGCGGCACGAUGGACGGCGCGAGCAACAACGCGGACGUGCAGACGCGCCUGUUCGACAUCCUGACCUCGGAGGCCGCGCGCCGGUACAUUCUGCAGACCAGGGACGAGCUCGGGACCCUGGGCGAGGCGCGGGGCAAGAUCGUCCUGUUCCGGCGCUUCGACACGGACCGGCUGCCGCCGGGCUACGACGCCGGCGCGCUGCCCGGUUUGCACCUGGCGCCGGGCAGGUGGCCCGACAACUCGGCCGACUUCGGCCUCGUGUACAACGACGCCCGGAACCUGACGGCGUAUAUCGAGGACUACUACGAGCCGGACGACCUGCCCAUCGGACUGAACGCCAGCGUCAAUAUCGCCCGCAAACUUGAUGCCACCACGGCGCACUUGGACAAGGCUGCGUCGAGCUUCCCGGAUAGCCUGUUUAUCACGUUCGCGUCGGGGGAACACAACGAUAACGUCCCACCCGUCUUCCCCGAGAUCAUGGCUUUGGGGAACGGGACCGAAGACACGCCGCUCGGUGGUGUGAAUCAACAGCUCGCCAGUUUCCUGGGAGGUAUGGGGGGAAAGAGGUUAGGAAUUGUGGUGUUGGAUUAUUGGAACCAGCCUUCGGGUCUCGUGGACGCCAUUCUGGCCCUGUAAAGGCCACCGCCUCCGUUGUGAUUCUGAGCCAUGGCGGUUUCUUGGUCAACUUCUUCGGAGCAAAGAGAGGAUAGCAGGAUUUUACUGAUUUUCCCUCAAGAUGGGCCGGUUCUUGGGAGGCUGAAGGCAAAUCAAUCAUCCACUCCCUCGUCACUCCCACUGGACCAACCCUCAUGAUAUUCCUCUGCCAUCCCCGCAAGAUCGUUG